AUGGGUUCUCCCUCAAUGGAAGGCCCGGAAAAGCCACCGAUGUCCACCACCGAAGAUCUCAAAAAUGACGUGGAGAAGAAUCGAAGCGAUGCGUCACCCGACGCCCCGUACAGCAUCCUCUCCGAACGAAAGAAAGUCUGUCUGAUGAUCACCGCUUCGUUCGCGGGCCUGAUUUCUCCCCUGUCGAGCACAGUCUACUUCCCAGCCCUAACAUCUCUGGCCGACGCCAUGCACGUCUCCGCCACGCGCAUCAACCUCACCGUCAUGAUGUACCUCAUCUUCCAAGGAAUCGCCCCCUCCUUCAUCGGCUCCUUCUCCGACACCCACGGCCGCCGCCCCGCCUACCUCAUCAGCUUCGUGAUCUACCUCGGGGCGAACAUCGGCCUAGCCCUGCAAACCAACUACGCCGCCCUGAUGGUCCUGCGCUGCCUGCAGGCGUGCGGCAGCAGCGGCACCAUCGCGCUCGGCAGCGCCGUCGUGGCCGACGUUUCCACGCGAGCCGAGCGGGGCAAAUACAUCGGCUACGCCAGCAUGGGGCUGACCCUGGGGCCAGCCCUGGGCCCCGUAAUCGGGGGACUGAUCGACCAUUUCUGCGGCUGGCGCUGGAUCUUCUGGUUUCUGACCAUCCUCUCCGGCGUGUUCCUGGCAGCCAUCGCCCUUUUCCUGCCCGAAACCUGCCGCGCAGUCGUCGGCAACGGCUCGAUCCCGGCGGCGCGAUGGAACCGACCCAUCUUCAGCGCCCUGGCACCCAAACCCACACCCACCACAACGACAGCCACAACCGCCCCACAAAGACCCAAACGCCUCAACCCCCUCCGCUCCGCCCGCCUCGUCCUCGACAAAGAAAACGCCCUCAUCCUCAUCUACGGCGCCCUGCUAUACGCCGGCAUGGCCGCCGUGCUGACCACGCUCACCACCACCCUCGCAACGCACUACCACUUCAACACCAUCCAAAUCGGUCUCUGCUACCUACCGAUGGGGCUGGGCAGCCUCACCUCGCGGUACACGGUGGGGUUCUUGCUCGACCGGACUUUCCGACGGCACGCCCAUGCGCAGGGCCUCAGCAUCAUCAAGAACCAACAGCAGGAGAUCGGCGCCUUCGACAUCGAGCGCGCGCGGCUGGUCGUCACGAUCCCGCUGGCCUACGCCGCGGCGCUCGUGUUCGUCGCCUACGGCUGGGUGAUGCAGUCCCGCGUCUCGUUGGCGGGGCCCGUGGUCACCCUGUUCGUCGGCAGCCAUCUGCUGACGGGGGCGUUUACGACCCUGAGUACCCUCAUGGUCGAUCUGAAUCGGGGCAGUCCCGCCACGGCGGUGGCGGCUAAUAAUCUGGUCCGGUGCUUGCUGGGCGCCGGCGCGACGGCGGCGGCCGCGCCGGUGAUUGAGGCGAUUGGGGUCGGGUGGAUGGCGGUUGUCAUGGCCGCGGUGUGGGUGGUGGCGAGUCCGUGUCUGUGGGCGGUAUAUUACUGGGGGUUUGAGUGGAGGAAGAGGAUAAAGGGGAUGGAGGGAGAGAGAGAGUAA